AAAGCCAGCCUAGUGGAAAGUAGGUACGUUUAACAAGGAGCCAACCUUCUCCCUACUGGCCCGUGUUGUGUAAUUGUGUGCUCCUGUGCACUGAGCUGCAUACAAGGUCUGGAUCAACAAACAGCCAUAGUCCUCUCUCAGCAGAUGGCCUUCCUAUGAUGGCACAGACUCUACACUUAGCCAUGGCAUCUGUGUCAGUCAGCUCUCGUCUAAACAAGGCCAUCCAUCAGCACUACAUGUCCCUUCCACAGGGGGACCUGUGUCAGGUCACCUACAUCUGGAUCGAUGGCUCCGGGGAGGGGCUGAGGAACAAGACUCGUACCCUGGACAGAGAGCCACAGGGAAUAGAGGAUAUUCCAGAGUGGAACUUUGAUGGCUCCAGCACCUACCAGGCCGAGGGAUCCAACAGUGACAUGUACCUGAUCCCAGUGGCGAUGUUUAGGGACCCUUUUACACUGGAAUCCAACAAACUGGUUUUGUGUGAGGUCCUGAAGUACAACCGCUUGCCUGCAGAGAGUAACCUGCGGUCAGGUUGUAAGAAAGUGAUGGAGGAAGUGAAGCACUACAUCCCCUGGUUUGGAAUGGAGCAGGAGUAUACUCUCCUGGGGAUGGAUGGUCGCCCCUAUGGCUGGCCCCAAAAUGGAUUCCCAGGACCCCAAGGUCCAUACUACUGUGGGGUUGGUGCAGACAACGCCUAUGGAAGGGACAUUAUGGAGUGUCACUACAAGGCAUGUCUCUAUUCUGGAGUCAAAAUCUGUGGCACCAAUGCUGAGGUCAUGCCAUCUCAGUUUGAAUUCCAGGUGGGUCUGUGUGAGGGGAUAGAGAUGGGAGACCACCUAUGGAUGGCACGUUUCCUGCUGCACCGUGUGUGUGAGGACUUUGGAGUUGUAGCCACUCUGGACCCCAAACCAAUGAAGGGGAACUGGAACGGGGCGGGCUGCCAUACCAACGUUAGCACAAAGGAGAUGAGGGAAGAAGGGGGGCUGCAACAUAUUGAGCAGGCCAUUGAGAAGCUGAGCAAGCGCCAUUCCCAGCACAUAUCUGUGUACGACCCUCACGGAGGCCAGGACAACAUCAGACGCCUCACAGGCUUACAUGAAACCUCAAGCAUCCAUGACUUCUGUUUUGGUGUGGCCAACCGCGGGGCCAGCAUCCGGAUCCCACGCCAGGUGGCUCAGGAGGGGAAGGGAUACUUUGAAGACCGCCGGCCCUCCGCCAACUGUGACCCGUAUGCCGUGACGGGUGCCAUCGCAAGAACCUGCCUGCUCGGGAUGGAAGAGGAGAGUACAUGAGAGAGUGACCAGACUCAUAGACACAUAUAAUCCUGUGUUUGGUGGAAACUGUCCCUUAGAUUUGCCAUGAUUGUGCGAUAGAACUAUAUUGUAACCAAAUAAAAAUAUUCUUAAGACUACUGGUUGGGGGCCUCCUGGGUGUUGCAGCGGACUAAGGCUCUGCAUCACAGUGCUAGAGGCAUCACUACAGAUCCGGGUUCGAUCCCAGGCUGGAUCACAACCGGCCGUGAUCAGGAGUCCCAUAGAGCGGAGCAUAAUUGCCCCAGCGUUGUUAGGCUGGGUGGGCUUUACUUGGCACAUUGCUUUAUAUUGAAUACUACACAUUGGAUGCUUUAAAGAUUCAUUACUUGAAUGCAGGUUGAAUGUUUAUGAAGGUUAAUUAUAUUUUUCAGUCUUUGGUAAUUGCAGCUGUUCCAAUUGGCAUAUUAUUCAGUUUGUUUAAUGUUAUUGUUUGAAGUUGAGAUUGAAUAAAAUGAAGCUGAAUUGAAUACAAACCACCUGUUCUUUAAAAUCACUACUAGAUGGAAUCAUGAUGCAAGUUUUAAUUGUGACCCUUCAUACUGGACAUGAAUGACAAUGAAAUGAGUAUUUCCCACGAGCUAACCUUUGACUGUAAAUUAUUUGAAUAUAUUGACAACACAUGACAACUAGUCAAAUAAGACUGUAAAUGCAUUGAAUUAAGUUAGCUAAUUCAUUACCAACAAUUCAGCAAGAGGAGGCCUGCUCACUGUCAUCUGCCAUGUCUCUCCACACUUUCCUUCUGUCCUAUGUUGACACCCUGGCUCAACCUUAGCAUCCUAACCUUAACCGUGGCUUCAUGCUCACACCCUGGCACAACCUAACCCUAGCUUCAUGUCCACACACCCUGGCACAACCUAACCCUAGCUUCAUGUCCACACACCCUGGCACAACCUAACCCUAGCUUCAUGUCCACACACCCUGGCACAACCUAACCCUAGCUUCAUGUCCACACACCCUGGCACAACCUAAACCUAGCUUCAUGUCCACACACCCUGGCACAACCUAACCCUAGCUUCAUGUCCACACACCCUGGCACAACCUAACCCUAGCUUCAUGUCCACACACCCUGGCACAACCUAACCCUAGCUUCAUGUCCACACACCCUGGCACAACCUAACCCUAGCUUCAUGUCCACACACCCUGGCACAACCUAACCCUAGCUUCAUGUCCACACACCCUGGCACAACCUAACCCUAGCUUCAUGUCCACACACCCUGGCACAACCUAACCCUAGCUUCAUGUCUACACCCUGUUUCAACCCUUACCAUAGACAUAACGCUAACCCUGCUAUUUAUAUAUUAGUGUAAACACUAUGUCUGUGCUGAAUAACAUAGCUGAAUCUGGGACCAAUUUAACAACCGUCAUCAUGCAGACCAUGACGUUAAAAGAAAAACUGCGUCAUUAUAAAACCAGGAUGUAUAAAGAAACUGCCUUAUGAGACGAUGAUGUAAAAACAAAAACUGCGUUAUUAUGAGACCAUGAUGUAAAAAACGAAAACUAAACUGACUUCCAUUAAACUGAUAUUUUAUGAAAAACAUUCUACUGCAGUUUUGUUACUGCAGUAAAAAGUGCAGUUAUUAUAUUGCUGUAGUAUUGCAGUGAAACUGCAAUAAACAGUU